AAAAGAAUAAAAAAAAGAAAAAAAAGGAGGUUCUCCUAAAACCUCAGUCUUCAAUUAAAUUCAACAUUCACGGGAGAAUCCAAAGUCUCAACUCUCAAAGACACAAAUCAUGGCUUCUCUCAAUCUCAGCUAUUCCACCACAACCACCACCAUUUCCUCUCUCUCAACUCUCAGAAAUCCAAAGCCUUUGGCUUUCACUUCCAACAUUUCCACCAAAUUCCUCAAAACCCAAACAUUCAAAACCUUAACCCCUCUCAAAUCCAAACCCACCACUACUCAUUCAGAUCUCUCCCCCCUAGACUCCUCCACCACCACAAUCACUAACCUAAACACAAACACAACCAACAACCUCAAAAACCUCAAAUCUCGUCUCCACAACAACGAGACCUUGUACGGUAUCUUCCUCCUCACCUUUUCCCCAACCUUAGCCGAAAUCGCCGGUCUCUCCGGCUACGACUUCGUAGUCCUCGACAUGGAACACGGUCCUGGUGGCAUCACCGAAGCGCUCGCGUGUCUCCACGCGCUCGCCGCAACAAACACCCCAGCGAUCCUACGAUUGCCAGAGAGCUCCGCUGCGUGGGCCAAGAAAGCCCUCGAUCUCGGCCCACAAGGCCUCAUGUUUCCCAUGAUCGAAAGCCCAAUCGAAGCCCAAGAAGCCGUCUCUUAUUGCCGGUUCCCGCCACGUGGCGUCCGAGGUUCUGCCCACACCGUCGUCAGAGCUUCGAACUACGGAAUCGACGAAGGGUAUUUGAGUAACUACGAGGACGAGUUGCUGAUCAUGUGCCAGGUGGAAUCCGUAGAAGGCGUGAAACACGUCGAUGAAAUCGCGGCCGUUGAUGGGGUCGACUGCGUUCAAAUGGGGCCGUUGGAUCUGAGUGCUAGUAUGGGGUACUUGUGGGACCCAGGGAACAAGAAAGUCAAAGAUAUGUUGAGAGUAGCUGAGAGAGCUGUGUUGAAUAGUGAAGGUGGGAAUGGUGGGGCCUACUUGGCUGGGUUCGCAUUACCUUACGAUGGACCUGAUGAUCUUAGAAAACGAGGGUACCAUAUGGUUUCUGGUGCAGUCGAUGUGGGACUGUUUAGGAGUGCGGCUGUGGAGGAUGUGAAGAAGUUUAAGAGGGGGUUGGAGAUGGACGGCUCUGAUGAUGAGCAGGAGGAUCGUCAAGAUGGUGAUGAGAAGUACUGGAGCGAAUGAGGGCUGGGCUUGGGCCUGAACUUUAGAUGUUUUUUGUUUUUUGUUUUCUUUUUGGUUGUUUGUAAAUAAUAAUGUAUGAGGUGGGUUUCUUUUUUUCUCUCUCUCAUUAGUCUUGGUCUGGCCAAUUGACUAGAGGGAGUGAAUUAGUGAUGUAAUUUUCACCGGCCCUUGGGUAUUUUCUUAUGGAGAAAUGAAGAGAUUGGACUUUGGACUU